AUGGCCCCCUCUCAGCUCCCCCCUAUCUUCAACCCUACCCCCCAGGACAUUGAGAUGCUCCUGGCCGCCCAGUGCCACCUUGGUUCCAAGAACAUCCAGGUGCACAUGGAGCCUUACCUCUGGAAGACCCGCCCCGACGGCGUCAACGUUCUCAACAUUGGCAAGACCUGGGAGAAGAUCGUCCUGGCUGCCCGUAUCAUUGCUGCCAUCGACAACCCCGCCGAUGUCUGUGUCAUCUCCGCUCGUCCCUACGGUCAGCGUGCUGUCCUGAAGUUCGCCGCCCACACCGGUGCCACCGCCAUCGCCGGUCGUUUCACCCCCGGUAACUUCACUAACUACAUUACCCGCUCUUUCAAGGAGCCCCGCCUCAUUGUCGUGACCGACCCUCGCACCGAUGCCCAGGCUAUCAAGGAGGCUAGCUACGUCAACAUCCCCGUCAUUGCUCUCUGUGACACCGACUCCCCCACCGACUUCGUCGAUGUUGCCAUCCCCACCAACAACAAGGGCCGCCACUCCAUCGGUCUUGUCUGGUGGUUGCUCGCCCGUGAGAUCCUCCGUCUCCGUGGUACUCUUGCUACUCGCGAGACCGAGUGGGACACCGUUGUCGAUCUCUACUUCUACCGCGACCCCGAGGCCGAGGAGAACAAGGAGAUUGCUGAUGAGGCCAAGGUCCCCGGUGCUGAUGAGAUCGGCGCUGGUGCCGUUGAGUCUGGCUUCGCCGGCGACAACUGGGAUGUGAACGCCCCCGGUGCUGGUGCUCCCGGCACUGCCUUCGCUGCUGCCAGCGCUGCCGUUGGUGCCACCAGCUGGGAGGCUGACGGUGGUGACUGGGCUGCUAGCUCUGCUCCCCAGACCGGUGACUGGGCUGAUGCCCAGGCGCCUGCCACUGAGGCCAAGUGGUAA